CCAGGCAAUAGUUACAUGUUUUAUAGUUCAUUAAAUUCGUGUUGCUUAUUCGGUAGUUGAGCAGAGAUAUUGUUGUUAGGCUGUACUACAGACUCGCAGCUUCUCAGUGUCGUUCGUUCAUCAUGGCGAAGUGGGGUGAGGGAGAUCCGCGCUGGAUUGUGGAGGAAAGAGCAGACGCUACCAACGUUAACAACUGGCACUGGACAGAACGAGACGUUUCAAGCUGGUCGCAGGACAUCCUGAAUGAACUUCUUCUCAGAGUUGAGGUGCAGAAUGAGGAUGGUGUCUGCCAGAUCACAGACGUCAGCUCGAUUGAGGGAGAGGCUUCCAUUAACAACCGCAAAGGGAAACUCAUCUUCUUCUAUGAAUGGACCAUUAAAGCAUCAUGGACUGGAACUGCAAAAAAUGGAAUCAAAUAUAAGGGAAACAUUAAGGUGCUGAACCUUUCAGAUGAAAAUGACAUGGAUGACCUGGAUAUAUGCAUUACUGCAUGUAAAGACCAGCCAACGACACCAUUAACUGCCCUCAUGAAAAAGCAGGGAGAGAAGGAAAUCAAAUUAGCUCUAGCAAGCUAUGUCUCACACCUGAAAAAAAAAUUCACACAGGGAAUGAUCCUACCAACAGCAAACUGUGUCAGUAAACAACAACAGCAGCCACCACAUACGCAUGUUAAACUUGAUCAAACGAAGACUGGCUCCUCAACAACAGCUAAAACUCAGAGUUCUGGAGUUAAAAUCCCCACAGUCGUGUUCAGUCUGAAAGAAACCUUUUUGACAUCAGCAGAGGAGCUUUACAGAAUGUUUAUCAACCAAGAGAUGGUUCAGGCAUUUACACACCUUGCUGCCUUAGUAGAAGGAGAGAAGGGAGGAAAGUUUCGCCUGCUGGAAGGAAAUGUCCAUGGAGUGUUUGCUGAGCUGGUUCCAGACAAGAAGAUUGUCAUGAGGUGGAGGUUUGCAACCUGGCCUGCAGGUCACUACUCAACUGUAACUCUUAACUUUACUGACCGGGGCAGUGAGACAGAAUUGAGUCUUGAAGCUAAAGAAGUUCCUGCUGCUGAAGAGGAGAGAAUGAAGGAGGGCUGGCAGAGAUAUUACUUGGAUGCUAUUAAACAGACAUUUGGUUAUGGAGCCAGAAUAAUUUAAACCAAACUGUUAUGAAAUGAAAUGAUAAUAUAACUGUAUUGACCUGUAAAAUGAACUGAGAAAGAUCUCAGACCUGAACAAAUACAGGCUGGCAUAUAAAAUACCAUACAUAUUGCAUAUGCUCUGUACCAGACACAAUUAUGUUAAACACUGGCUAACUCUUGAAUGUUUACCAGCAUGUGUGUCAACCAACAAAUGUCAUGUAUUAGAAACUGGGGUUCUGUAUGUGAGUGCAGAAGAAUGUACUGUACAAUAAACUAUGUGUUUUAUUUGAGGUGUACCUACCUACCAUUUAUAUUUUGUACAAAAGGGUGUAAUAUGAACCUGGGAUCGCCAUUUGAUGCACAGUAUCUUUACUGUAGGAAGUAAUGCAUGUCGACAUGUCUUAGAAAUAUUACAAUGAUAAGUUUAUUUUAAGUAUGGUUUUAUCAGCAACAAAUAAAUAUAUCAUUACACUUU